AUGCCACAGAGAACACACUACACCGAAUUAGUCUUACAUUUCGGGAAAUCGCAAAAUUACGGUCGCAUCCAACGCAGGAACAGGAGUGUCACCAUUCACAAAGUUUAUAAUCACCCUCACCCCACACCAUCGGCCUCACUUUCAAACUUUGCCAAAUACCUGUACAACGUCGCCACGAGCAUCCGCAUCACCAGAGUGGACGUCCCUCCUGCCAUCGAGGUCGGGUCACAGGGCGACCUCGACUGCGCGUGGGACGAGGGUCAGGACCAGAUGUAUUCCGUCAAGUGGUACCAGGGAGCCAACGAGUUCUACCGCUACACACCUGCGGCCAAGGACCCCAUCCAGAUCUUCGAUUUGGUCUCGCUGGACGUGGAUCGCCAGAAAUCAUGGGGCGGGACAGUGCGCAUCGCCAACGUGACCCUCGCUGCUGGCGGUCUGUUCCACUGUGAGGUCUCCGCCGAUGGACCUACUUUCCACACCGCCUCCGACUACGCUACGCUCAAUGUGGUUGGUGAGUGGGCGGGGCUUGUUGGGAGCAGCUACCUGGCCCGAGACUGGGUGGACCUCACGUGCACCUCGAAGCGAUCCAAGCCGGCGCCGAAGGUCUCUUUUAGGAUCAACGCGGAAGUGGCGGCCCCAGAGUGGCUGGAGCCGCAGGUGGACACCGUGGACAGCGCCGGCCUCACCACCUCCUCGCGGCGGUUGCGCUUCUACCUCCUGCCGGAGCUCCUGCAGGAUGGGGACGCCCGCCUGCAGUGCAUCGCCGAAAUCCCGCAGAUAUAUCGCCAAGUAACGGAGGACCUUCUGAGCACUCGCCCGCCGUACCAGGCAUCCGUGCUGGACGCCAGCGCCGCGUCAGCUCUGCCUCCACACCUAACAGAUAACACACCUAACAGAUAA